CUCCCUCCUCUUUCAUUGCGCAAUUAAUCUUGAGUGCUUUCACAUUGCGUUACAACUUUGUUGUCACAUCUUGAGAUCCUUCCAUGAAGUAACUUGUCACACCUUUCUCUUUCAUACACUCAUUCAGAAGGCUACAAGAAAAUAAUAAGCCAUGCAUCGUUCUUCAGGACAAGAUCAACAAGUUCCUAAUGACAACGAGGUUACCGCUAAUAAUGAUGGAGCUGAUAUUGUCAUUUCAGUUGACCAGGCGACCCCUCGUCCUCUGGAAGGGAACACUCCUUCCAGUGUAUACACUUUUCCACCCCGCAACAAUCCCAAUAGCGAUGAUGGAAUUGGAAAUGACACCAACACAGUCUUAGGUAAUGGCGACACUAAUAGCAUUCAAUAUGGUGAUGAAUCUCAACGCCCCAUCUCACCUCCCUUCGGUGGCAACCUUGCGCCGGCUUUCAGAUAUCCUCGUCACUCUCUUCAUGGGGACUACACGCCUUCAAUUCGCUCAACCCACCUUUCAGGGCAUCAACAGUCCGUGCGACCUUACACUUCAUCUAUCCGUAAUGAAUAUCAUGCGCCUCUUGGUGGUCAUAGAAUGAUGGAUGGAGGAGGAGGAUAUCAGUUUACCCGAGACUCGGAUAAACCUAUGCUGAUCGACUAUGCUGGCCUAGAUGCAUCUAUUGCCGAAGCCUCUUUGAUCGAAAAUGGGUUUCAAAGGACAACACUCGAGGAGUCUCUCGCCAAACUGCCUGCUACAACCUAUGAUACCCAAGGAGACAACAAUAACAAGGAAAAAGGAACAAGUACCGGCAAGGAUCUUCACCGCACAACAUCAACUGGCUCAUCAAUCCUUCUAAGGGGUUCCUCUAACAAUGAUGGGAACACUGAAUUCCGGAGACGAUCUGCUAGGAAAGCAUCCUUUUACAGUGAGCGUGCUCCACGUCCUCCAUUACCGGAAUCUUUGCGCUAUACAUUUUACUCAAAAACAACCGGCUUCAUUCAGGCGCCUUCUAUGCCCCAGAUUUUGUCCAGUGCUACUAUACAAACAGAGGAUGGUGGUUCUACAGCGCCGACUGUGUUUUCUGACAUAUUGAAGGAUGGAUGUUUCUGGCUCGAUAUCCUUGAUCCCAGCGACUUUGACAUGCAUAUUCUUGCGAAGGACUUCCAAGUCCAUCCUCUGACAAUCGAGGAUAUUUCAACUGAAGAAGUACGCGAAAAAUACGAGGUAUUCCGCCACUACUAUUUCGUUUGCUUUCGGACAUUUGACCAAGAUUACAACUCGGGGUCGUAUCUACAGCCAGCAAGCAUGUACAGCGUCGUCUUUAGAGAUGGUCUUAUCACCUUCCAUUUCCGACCAACAAAUCACCAUCUGAAUGUACUUCGAAGAAUAGAACAACUGCACUCACAUAUUACCUUAACCCCUGACUGGAUAAACUAUGCACUCUUGGAUGAUAUCACCGAUAGUUUUGCGUCUCCUAUCCAGACUAUUCAGUACGAAGUCGAUUCAAUCGAUGAGCUCGUUCUAUUACUGAGAGAAAGUGAAACUACAGACAUGUUGAGACGUAUUGGAUCAUGUAGGAAGAAUGUCAUGUCGCUUUCACGCCUAUUAGCGAAUAAGGCAGAUGUGGUCAGAGGAUUGAUGAAACGAUUCGAUGAACGAUAUGCAAUCGCACCAUUGGCCUCAUCGUCUGCAAUGGCGGCUAACGCAGGGAAUUCUGCAACUACUGCAGGAAAUGGAGGACCUAAUAGUGCUGGCGCUAAUAAUGGAGCGGCUUCUUCAGGCUCUGUACCCAAAGCUGAUGACAAUGCAGGAGGCCUUAUUCAUCCAAACAAUCACCGGGAUGGAGAGAUCUUGUUAUAUUUAGGCGAUAUUCUGGAUCACGUCCUAACCAUGUUGCAGUCGUUGUGGAGUUAUGAAAAGAUUCUGGAUAGAUCACAUUCCAACUACUUGGCGCAGAUUUCGUUAGAGAUCAACCAAUUGUCAAAUAAGACGAACGAAGUUGUAAGCUCACUCACAUUCUUUGCUAGUUUGAUCGUCCCAAUGACAUUCAUCUCGGGUCUUUGGGGAAUGAACAUUCGUGUACCAGGCCAACCAGGAAUGGAAGGCGAGCCCCUGAAUUGGUGGUGGGGCAUAAUUGGCUUUAUGCUCUUGUAUUGCAUUGUGGCCAUCCUUUUUGGCAAACGAUACGGACUCAUCUAACAGCACAACAACAUCAAUA